AUGCCUCUUCCAAGUGGCACGCCCUUGUCUCUCCAAGGUCAUUCUCGCCCUGGAGAUACUGUCCAGACUAAGCCUAAGCACGCUAUGAUCGUCCGCAUGACGGCCGAGACAUUAGAAGCUCUGGAGGACCUGUCUAGUAACCCUUCGAUGAAUUUCGAGUUUGGCGAUAAUCCAGGCAUUUACAUCGGGGAGACAUUUUUUCCAAUGCGUCCUUUGAAAGAAAGUUCUCCGCACGAAAUCUAUCUCAGGACCUCUUCUGCAGCAAAGCCAAAUGCUCCGUUGAAGCUCUAUGCCAAUGUCAUGGGCAAAUUUAUCGUUGACCGACAGCUUGGCGACAAAGUCACAGAUAAAGUACGGCAGCAAACCAUCGAGGCAAAGAAGCAACAUUCGGAGCGUCAAACCAUCAUGCUCGAUGCGCCGCUUGUAUCUGCAGCAGGCACAAAGAACCUUAAGCGGAAAACACCAGGUUCAGGAACGGUGGUAAAGAAAGGCGCACAACGUGACACCCUCCAUACCCCUGCUGCAUCCACCCCUGCACGCAAAAUCUCGCCAAUGCCACAAACUGCAUCAUCAAAGGCGAAUGCAGAUAUUCGCAGGCGUCUUAUUCAUUUCCUUGCAGUCGAGAAUCGCGAAACAGACUUGGCGGUGACCAGAGUUUGCGGGAAUAACUGUGAUGCCACGGCAAGGGCUAAUCUGCUUAGUAUCUUAGAAGAGGUCGCUGAGCAAGCCCCCGCCCGGAAAGGUGACAAGUCUCCUCGGAAAUGGAGUCUCAAAAGUCGUACAUGGCUCGAAGUGCGUCCAUACGAAUGUGAGAUGUACAAACAGUCAGAGCGGAUCAACAUCGCUCGACAAGGCAGAGUUGUGCUCAGUUCCCUCAGAAUACCUGAGUCUGACUCUGUAUGGGAUCAUUUUCGCUUUCGACCUCCUCCCGAAGCUACUCCUCAUCCAACUCACGGAGGUAAGACCAUUACCGGCCCACCUGCGGGUCUUCUCAAGCCGAAGACCGAACCAAAGCGACCUGCUAUAUCCAAAGAUGUGAAGCAGAAAGCAAAGGCAGAUUCUUCUCGAAUGAAGGGCGAUAUACAGAUGAAAGAUGAAAGUGCGCGGCCAAGGAGUAACAUACAGAUGAAGGACGAGUCCGCUAGGCUCCCUAGGGUAGCCGCCAUUAAGCGCGAAGAAGCCAGUCCAUCACCCAGUAGCAGCACCAGCACCAGCUCGAAGGCGGCAUCCAGACGAUUACCGGGCUCUGGAUACGUUGCCAAGAAAUCCCCUCAGCCUUCUCCUACGAUCGAGCCUGCAUCUCGGGAAGCUACAGGACCAGCCGAUGUUCGUCCUCAACGACCGCUACCUCGCUUACCUUCCAAACCUGCUCCGGCGCCCCUGCCACCACUCCCAAGUCAGGAGAAGACGCCUACCACUUCGAUGCCAAUGAAGAUGACAAAGAAAAUGCCUCCACCCGAGGAUUCCGAUAGAGAGCGCGAGAGACAUAGAGAUAAAGAUAGACCACCGAAGGACAGAGUUGUCGCUGGUGUGAAGCGGAAGAACGCCACCCAUGCUGUGGGAGGUGCGCAAGAUGGGGAGGGGCUCAAGGUAAACUCGUUCAAGAAGCGCAAAACGGAAGAUGGACCACCAUCUGCUGCAUCUUCAUCUUCAUUAAAAGGUCGAGACUUGUCUCUCCCAAAGAAGCCAGUUGAGGCCGCAUCUCCUGUACCACCUCCGCUGAAGAAGAUCAAGAAAGAGCCUUCUCCGUUUCCACCGCCUCGCACUGCCUUGCCGACACAGCCACCACCCACAAACUCGCCUUCCAAAACAGAUCAGCGGCCGAAACUCAACGGAGCGUCAAAAGUCAGACGAAAGUCACCAAUAUAUACCUCUUCGGAUGAAGGAGAGAUACCAGAACCGCCACAGAAGUCUGCACAGGAUCCUUCCACUAAUACUGAUCGCUCCAAGGGCAAGGAGGGACGUCCCCGCCCCCGAUCUUCAUACCCACUACCCUCUGAUCGUAACGGGCUACGUUCGCGAUAUCAGUCCAAGUACGGAAAUUACUUGGGUACAUAUGCCCAAAUCCUUGCACAGAAGCGGAAGAUCGAGGCUAUUUUGAACGGAGAAUCGGAAGCGGAAGGAGAAAUUUUGGAUCCGGAGGAGCUGAAGAGGCUCAGUACCGAGCACAAGAACCAGAAAGAGGAGUUGGAGUCUAUCCAGGAGAAGUGGAUGAAUGGGUCUGUAUCGGAAUAA